CUCACAUCUAACACCCUGGUCCACCCCCUUUGUACCUGGAGCGAUGCAAGCUGUAAGUGCCCGGGCAGCCCGAAAGUCAGCGCACAACGUGUCACAGCCACGGCGUGCGGACAGAACACCCGCUGCUGCCGUGGUGACGAACGGGCAGGCCAGCUCGCGCGAGCACGCUCUUUGGGCCCAGGAUGCGCUCGACAAUGUUGAUGCUGUGGGUGACGUCGACGUCGGGGACGACCAUCUGCUCGACUGUGCGCGAUUUGUGGGAGCGCGGUGAGCUGAGCACGCUCGCAUUUGACGAGGUGAUGAGGCUGGACCCCUGCCGCACCAACGUUUCGACAUCAUUCUCGCCUACGAGCAGUUCUCGACGGUCUCUAAAGUAUUGGGGAAAAUCAAAUAGUAAGCAAAGUCCAGCCAAAGCGGAUCCGACCAAAGCGUGGGCGUUCAAGCUGCUGGGCGCGCGCGCGGCCGAACUGGACGGCGAGUGGUCGCAAAUGCAAACGCCGACGCUGGCCAACUUCGACGUCCCGCAGUAUCAUUUGGCGUUCCAGGCCCUGUGGCUCGGUCUCACACGCACCCUGUUCACGGCGCGGAUCCUCCCCGUCGACCCCGCCGGCGGCAAGCACCGGAACCAUCGCUGGACCAUCGCGCGGUACUACAUCGACAAGGCGCUGCGCGCGCCCGAGGUCAAGGCCCUCGGCGACGGCAAGGUCUGCGCCGAGGUCGGGGACAAGCACUUCCUCCACACGUACUUCCCGACCUGUGCGGAGAUGCUCGCGGUCGACCUCAAGGAUCCGAAGGCCGACGUCUUAGUCGACCUCGUCCAUCCGGACUGGACCGACCCACGGAUCAAACAGGCACACUUCGACCUCCUCGUCGUUGGCGAGGUCAUGGAACACAUCGACCGGGUCGACGUCGCGCUCGCCACGUUGGUUCGCCUCCUCAAGCCGGGCGGCACCAUCGUGUGGACUACGCCGUUUCUCAUGCAGUACCACGCCAAUCCCGGGGACGAGAAUCGCUACUCGCCGACCCGCGUCAACGCCCUGUUCGACCGCGCCGGCCUGGACACGGUGAAGUCCGACGGCGUCGGCAACUGGCUCGCCGUCACGCUCUACCUCGCUGGCUUCGGAACCGACGAAACACACUCCUCCGAGCUCGACGCGCCCGAUCGCGACGGAUCCCGACCGUACUGGAUCGACGUCAUCGCCGUCGGCCGUAAGCGCACCUCGUCGUUGGAUUCACGCGCAAUGCCGACCGCUGAAACCCCGGCUCUCUCGUUAGAGGCUGCGCUGCGUCGCGUCCAGCCCGGUAGCAACAGGCGCGCCUGGAAAUCCAUGGUCGCCCCUGCCAAGUUGCAGCAUCUCUACGAAUCUGUGCUGCACAAUAUUUCCGUGGCGGAGCACCCUGUUGAUGGUGCCUUUGUUGAGUGUGGUGUGUGGCGGGGUGGGGCCACCAUGAUGAUGUUGUACGCGGAAUUUGCAGCCCUCUCCCGCGACGGCAGCCACCCCCAUCGAGAUGUCUGGCUCUUUGACACGUUUGAGGGUAUGCCCGUGCCCGGCAAAAGGGACGGUAGUCGUGCCGCUCGUCGCUGGGACAACGUGCAAGCAUCUAUUGCAAACAACAGCGCUGCGCGGGAACGGACUGCUGGCUGGAGUGCUGAGGACAUGGCCACUGGUGGCGAUGGGGGAGAAUACGUCGAUACCAGCGGCCAGGUGCGAUGGAAUUAUGGGCCCAUCGACAUCGUACGAAAGAACAUAGAGAGCACGACAUAUCCGUCCGAGCGUGUCCGCUACAUCAAGGGAAAGGUCGAGGACACGCUCACGAGCCCCGGCCAGGUACUUCCGCAGAAGAUCGCACUGCUCAGGCUCGACACGGACUGGUACAAGUCAGUGCAUGAAUCAAGUUCCAGGCGCCUUCGAUGCGCACCACGACAGUAUGUCUACUGCCGUACACCCGCCCAGCCAACGCGGUCGCAUUGUUGAAAUGACUUUGAGCCCUCGACUCAGCUGGUUUAUUUGCACACAGGUACAAGUCGACCAAGACGGAGUUCGAGGUUCUCGUACCGCGGCUGUCCCCUGGCGGGCUGCUAAUAGUUGACGACUACUGCGCGUGGCAGGGCGCACGCCAGGCAACAGACGAAUUCCUCGCCACGCAAGGCACCAACUUUUUUAUCCAGCACAUAGGUAAAGGCGACGACGGCGGCCGGCAUGGUGUGUGCUUCGCAAUCUGGAAAAAACGGUAGCCUCCAGUCCUUUUCCUCGUCCAUGGAUAAAAGUAGCAUAGGAAUUUUUAUACUUCAUGUCCCUUGCUGACGGAUGACACAUAAAAUAUACUAAGG